AGCGAAGUGUGUCAGUAGAAAAUCUUCAGUCUCAGAGCCAGGAUAGCCAUGCCGUGUUUUAUUCUCUUCACGAACGUGCCAGCGAGUGACCUCCCAAAGGGGUUUCUGUCGGAAACCACGAAAGUCAUCGCCAAAGCUAUUCGGAAACCAGAAGCAUAUAUAACAGUCAGGAUUCACCCAGGUCAGAUGAUGACCCACGGGGGUACGACUGACCCAUGUGCCAACUCCGAGAUGCAGGCUAUCGGACACAUCAGUGCCGCGGAGAACGCUGAGAUGUCUAAACAAAUCUCAGAAUUCCUACAAAGCAAACUUGGAAUUGACAACAGAAGGAACUACAUCAAAUUCACCGACCUGCCGCCUCAUGAGGUUGGGUAUCAGGGGACCACGUUUGGGGAGCUGGUGAAAGACCCGAAAUGGGCGUCUUUAAUGUAACCAUCAAAGACACCAAUCACCACAUGACGAUACGUACUUGCAGUAGUGAGGAGUGGUCAACGGACUUUGCUGUCCCGCUUCAUCUGUCAUGAUGAAAGAUCCUUCACCUCCAACAUAAAAUACAUUCACUGUGGAAUUUUGCAUCACUCAUAUUUUGAAGUCAUAAAAUCAUCUUUUAAGUCCAAGUUACGUUGUUCUUUCAUGUUUUUGUUAUGUGACAAAUGCAGGUUCCUUUUUAAAUAUGGAUCGAAUUCAGUUAUAACAGCGUAAACCCUUUCAUGCUACCAGUGACAUUAUAUAAUUGUGCAGUCCGUUUGUCUGUCAGCGAGUCUAUGUUUGUAGAUCUCAUUAAGUCUAUAAAACAUGGCGGGUGUAUAUCGUGUACAACAGUUGUAUUUUGUAUGCGAAUAAACAUCAAGAAUUGUCA